AUGAACUAUGAUAUUAUGCCAGAGAUUCUGUUGUGUCUGCCCGUACAAUCCCUCAUGAGAUUCCGAGCUGUCUGCAAAACCUGGGGCAAUCUCAUCGAUUCACAGCGUUUUCAAAAACUGCACACUCGCAACAACGACAACAACAAACCAAACGACACGGUUUAUCUACAACUUGCUCAUUCCAACGAACAAGACAAGGUAUGUCUGCAAGUCACUUUUCCCAAUGUUGGACAUCGAGUGCAAAAGGAACUGUCGGUAAAGCUUCAAUGGGAUCGGAAGUCGCUAUUGGCGUAUAAAUUCGACUGUUUUAACGUCUUAUCACUUAGGCUAGUUGACGCAGUUAAGGGUCUAAUCUGCAUUAACCCAACUAAAUUGUACUCAAAAAGUACGGAUUCUUGGAAGGAGUUGGGAGACGUCAUCAUUGAUGGUCUACGUUUUGACUUUGUUAUUCCCAUUAAAUCCGCGUGCAAGAAUGGCUACUUUGUUCACUGGUACGCAUAUGUGAAAAGGGUGGAAGGAGAUGUGCAGAAGAUAUUAAGCUUCGAUAUGAAGAAUGAAGUGUUUCGUGAAAUCACGUUGCCUGAAGAUAAUACUUAUACUUAUACUAAUAUUGUUGGCAGCACCCGCAGAUUAUACUCUCAGAUUUUUGCCGAAGAUGAGCACUUGUUCCGUCACUUUAAAUUCCAGAUUCGUGGAAGUGAUAACUCAGUGAAGAUUUAUGAAUCGAGAUGUGAAGGAAGUGAACUGAGUUGGAAUCAUGUGACGAACGUACGAGUACCCCUCUCGGGCUCUGAGGAGGUACCUCUCUGCAGGACUAGUUGUGUGUUUUUCAUGCACAAAUCCAGUGUUUUUGUGUAUGAUUAUAGUGCACGCAGAUGA